AUCCAACAUGGUCUCCCGACAUGACACCAUUUGAGGCUCCAGUCAGCGCGUCAGCUUCGGACGCAAGCAUAUCGAGAAGAAGUACCGCCAGAUCUGCCUCGUCCCACCUGAGGCCGGAAGACGCCUUUCUCACAUACUCUCCGCCGUAUCGAUCAACGGGCAAGAAUGGUGCAUCCGAAGACAGGCGCAAGAGAGAGAACCGUGGUAGCCGCAAUGCUAGUCGGAGGAGACCACGCACAUGGAAAAAGUUGCUCUGGCAAGAGAAGCGAUAUACCAUAGCACAAACACUGAGACGUUCAGAUCCCGACAACUACACGGAUGAAGAGACCUUCUUAGACCAUCUACAGCGCAACCCGCGCCUUCGACCUUAUGACUUCUGGCCGCUUGUUGCAGACUCUACUGUCAUCGUACAACACAUCGGUUCUGUCAUCAUCUUCGUCUGCUGCUUUGUCGGCAUUAAACAAGAACGUGUAUCGCCUGUAUCUGUCGUAAGCUGGGCUACCUUCGGCACCGUCUUGGGAUGGGUUGCUCGCGACUACUGGGUAGGCCAAGAAGAGACUGCUCAGGUUGCUCGCACUGCCCUCGCCGAGGCCACUGCUUCGUCCAAAGCUGUCAUAGACAGUCAGCGCACUCAGGAAGGACCUUUAAGUCCUACAGAUCCUACUUCGAUUACGACAGACAACGCCAAGCUGGGUUUGGGCAUCUCGAGUGUCGCAGCCUCGCGCCCCUUGUCUGUAGUCUCGGCGACUGAGAGCUCACCAUCGACCACAUCCACUACCGGUCAUCCUAACGGUGCUGCUACAUUCGCAAGCUACAGCUACUACCCACCUUUCCAGAGCCAGACCUCCUCACUCUCGCCUCGCAACCAGGAAAGACUGGCAACCGCCAAGUCCGCAAUCUUGAUAUACUGUGCAUUGCUAGGCUUGAGCCCGAUCCUAAAGUCUUUGACCUUAUCAACAUCUUCUGACUCCAUCUGGGCAAUGAGUACCUGGCUUCUGAUCAUUAAUAUCUUCACCUUCGACUACGGUGCUGGUAUAGAAGCNAAAGUAAGCAUUUAUACACAUGUUCUGCGUGGAUACUCACUUACGACCUUCACUAGAUUUCCUGCUUCUCUCUCCACAAAUGCUGCUCUUAUGGCCUCUACAGUUCUAGCCUCGCGGCUUAAAUACACAAACGAAGUCUUCAGUCUGACAUUGUUCAGUAUCGAGGUCUUCGGACUCUUCCCAGUUUUUAGGCGACAUGUUCGACAUGCAUCUUGGACAGGACACUUGGUGUUGACUGCAUUAAUCGUCCUCGGCGCAGGAGGCGGACUCUGCGUUACCAUCACANNGGGGGGAGGCUGGAAAGCUGGAGUUGGCGGUGCUAUUCUUGGUGGUAUUCUCACGUGUCUUGCCAUGGGUAUCACUAGUUGGUGGCUCAUCGGAUUGCAGAGAUACAAGAACGAGAUCCAUGGGCCUUGGGAUCCGGCACGUCCGAUCAUAAGACGACAUUGGGAU